UUCGGAUUCGACUGAGUGAUUCAGCGGCAGCUUGUGUGCGUUUACCAGCCCGUCAAUUGUGCAUUUAUCACUUGGCGAUCGAAUAGCAAAGGAAAAGCUGAGAAAAUCGGCAGCUGGCGCCAGCGAAUACCAAUUCAUCUGUUAUCAUCCUGUAUAUGCUGGCCACUGUGUGCGUAGGAAUUGAUUGGCGGUAUGCUAUAGCCCCGGGUUCUCCCCCAUCUCGACGGGAAACGGGAACCAGCAAAUGGAUAAGGAGGGAGUGGAGAGAGGAAGUUGGUUGGGGAAAAAGACCAAAAGAGAAGAAUCGAUUUUCUACGGCACGGUUGGUUCGUGUGACGUCACGACGCAUGCGAAGCCAGGUGCUAAUUAGUAAAGUGGUGCUCAGUUUCUGACAACAGGAAAGGUGAAAUAUGCUCAUUUGGAUCAUUUUCACUGCGGCCGUUUGCAUUUUGCUCGGUGCGAUUUUAACUCUGUGGGUCGAGUGGCACCUUUUCUCGCAGCCAGUUCGCCCUCAUCGACUUAGCCAUAACGAUGACCACCUACUGAUCGAAGCUGACAAUCCUAUUGAACUCCCAGAGGAACUAUUGGCUGAACUGGAGGCACUUGUCGAUCGGUCCAGCAACACCGAGGCCGUCGGCUCCUGCAAUAAAGAUGAAACGCUAUUGGCUGUCAACUUACUCGUGCAGUUCUUUUUCCGUGAACUGCGAUCCCAGGGGCCAGUCCGUCGCUUCCUUCUCCGACGGAUCAAUCAAGAAAUGGAAGAAGUUCUCACUAGAGGAGCCGUUAGCAAAAUUAUCAAAGGCCUCAAGAUAUACGACAUCGAAAUGGGGUCAAGGGCGCCCUCAAUCCAUCAAAUUGGUGUUCAUAGAGUUGGUAUGGACUCCGACAGAAAACAAAUGGAGUCGGUGGAUUUCGAUCUCAACAUUGACUACAGCGGAGGACUGGGUAUAGCGAUCGAUGUAACACUGGCCUACGGCAAAUCCGCAUUUCUCUCCGCCAAAGUGUCUCGUCUAAAAGGGCAAGUAAGAUUGAGUUUCUCCCGGAGACCCUAUUCUCAUUGGUCUGUGGCAUUUGCGACGCCGCCGCAGUUGGACGUAGACGUUACCAGCCGAGUUCAAGGGAGAUCUUUUAGUCACGUGACAAGUCUUGUUUCGUCACAGAUUCACAAAUGGAUUCAAAGGAAAUAUACCCUGCCCACCAGCCGAAUGCGUCAUCGACCGUUUUUUCCAAUUCCCAACCAGCUCCUCCUUCCUGCAAGCUGCUCGCAAACUCCUCCGCCCACCACCACUUUGCCUAUUCGAAGAGGAUCCCUGGAAGUCACUGUGUUGGAUAUAGCUCGACUGAAUCCGUUGCUCCAAGGAGACGGCGUUUACUGUACCAUGGCACUAGACAGUAGUCCGUGGCUCAAUGCUUCCUCGUCAGAAACCGAAGGGAGAGUGGUGCUAGACAUUCGAAUGAUUCGACGCCGACAUCAGUCCCUGGGAAUUCAAUUCCUGCAGCAGUCGUCCUCGCCCGAGUCUUCGCCACUAGAAGAGUCGGUUAAAGAAUGGAAACCGGUUAGUCAGCAUGGAGCUUCUGUUUUGGAGAUCGAGUCAGGCUCGGCAGCUGAAGAAGCAGGUCUCAAGAUUGGUGAUGUUAUCUUGCAAGUAGACGAAACCGUCGUUCGAUCGUCUGACGAUGUUGCCAGAGCCGUUAACAAAUCAAAUGAUCUCUUUGUCAUGCUCCGAGUUGAUCGGGCAAUUGGACGAAGGAGAGGGUCCAUGAUGCGCUACGAUGGGAUCACGCCAUCGAUAACUUUCGAUGGCUCGGACGAGAAAUCCCUGGCAACUGCUGCUGCUGCUUCGUUUCUGCUGGAUGAGUCUGGAUCACUUCUUCUCCCUCCCGCUAAUAAUCUGACAGCCGCUAAUAAAAUCAAUCACGGAUUGGACAUCAAGCGUACCACAACUCACCCGCUAGGAAAAGUGAUUCAUUUAGGUGACACUCUAAAAUUUCAAGUAUUGCCAGCUGGCCACCACCGCUUUCUCAACUUGUCCAUAUGGUUGACCGGUGUACCUGCGGUCGAAGAGACGACGUCCGGGAAAAGUAGUAGCAGCAAGUCCUCUUCAUCAACGACGACCAGUCCGAGUAAAUCGUCCGUUGCCAAGUCUAAUUUAAGCAAUUUGUUCAAGAAACAUUCGCCGCUUCAUCAACCGGAAACCAAAGAACCCAGUGGAACCAAAGAACUGCACUCCAAAGAUAUCCCGAUCGGUCACGUCAACAUUUACCUCCCCGAAAUUGCGGCCGACUGCCACCUCAACACACAGGGUCACCACAUAUCCACCUAUCAGCUGUAUCCGGCGGAUGUCAAGACGAGUUUGGGUCGUCAGAAUCCGUCAAGUCAGCAAUUGGGAUUCGAUCCUCGCCUCUGCUAUGGAGAUGUUUCAUUAUCUUUCGUCUAUCGCCCGGAUAAAGAGGAUGAACCUCCAUCUCCUGAUUUAGAUUCUGAUAUAGUUGAUGGAAUUCCUUAUCCACUCUCCCCUUCACCUCAUCCAUCUUCAGUACAUCCGCUUUCCCCCCUCAUUGAAAUGGCCCGUCCUGCCGUCGAUAUUGUCGUCAAUGAUUCGAUGCCGAUGCAUAACUUCGUCCUCACUCAAUUCAUAAACGUCCGUUUGUGCGAUUUCUGCCGGAAAAAGAUUUGGUUGAGAGAAGCGCUGCAAUGUCGCAACUGCGAAUUAGUAUGCCAUAAAAAGUGUAUCAAGCGUUAUCCCGAUCGGAAAUGGUGCGGUCUAGAUGAUUUCUUCAUUCCCAACAUCCCCAUUGCGACAGACACACCCAAGGUCGAUCCGGAAGAAAAUCCUUUUUUGUCAGCGGAAGAUGAUGUCGAUGAACUAGUGGAAUUGGAAACGGCCGUCGAGCGGUUGCAGUCCCGUGAACACGAUGAGUCGCUGAUGCGUCUGGCCAAGGACUCCGGCAAGGAAAUUUACAGUCAUUUAAACAGUGGCCAACGCCGAGCCAGAAUCACUUCAAUGCUUCAGAGACUCGAAUCGGCGACCGAAAUGGAAAUUCUCCGUCGCUACGAGUUGGCCGCUCGUUUGGAUCGACCCGAUGGAACUCCUUGGUCCGGCGACGAAAGACAGAAACUGGAGAAAGAAGUGGACUUGUGCGAAGCAAGGCGACAGGCUCUCGUCCUACUCCUCCUACACUAUAGUUCCGGAUUGCAGAAUGUCGAAGAGACGGAACGGGACUCGAAACUUUGUGAUUGAUUGAUUUUUUUAUUUUAUUUUUUAUUUUUUAUUUACUUGAUGCGUGCUUGGGUUGUAUUAACGGCCUUAAAACGCGAUCGUCCAUUUUCCCUUUUUUUUUUCAGUGUCCGAAAGCAUUAACUGAAGAUACACAUUCCACCGUUUCAUUCUC